AUGAUAGUUAAGUUGUGCGCGGGCAGCCCGCGACGACUGCCGCCCUACGGCGGGGUGCCCAGUUUCUUCGCCGCGCUGCUCAACCCCGACGCUAAGUUCUGCUACGCGUGGCUCAAGUUCGGGGGCGAGCUCAACUUUAAAACUAAACGAAUUUUACAUACCGGAGAACAGUGCACUGAUGACCUGUAUGGCAGCAAAUAUGUUUGCUUCAAUCCUGAAUACAAAAUGAACGAAGACCCGUGCCUCGUUUAUGCGUUUUCGGAACCUACGGACAACCAGUUCGAGAAGGACAUGGAGCUUUUCAGCUGCGAAGUGCAUUCCUUCGUCAGUUAUAAGACUCUCGGGUUCGACCGCAUCCAGCGUUCUAAGUUCUACAUCCAACAUCCGUGGAUUUUGUCUGACGACCACAGAGACGAAAGAGUGGACGUCCAGUCUCGGUACGACGACACGGUCUUCGGGCGACAUCUUUACCACAAAAUUAACCAAUACCGACCACUGGACUUCAUAAUCACAAGUCUUGCCCAUGAGCGAAAAGAAAUUAAAUUUGUCAAGAGCGACAUUCCUUCCUUGGGAAAUUUGCUUCUGAAGCAGAUCGUCAAAUUCAGGAACGAGGUUGACAUUAGACAGAUCUUCGAGGGCUUGACGUGCGCAGGUUACAAGUUCGUCAGAGUUGAACCUGUCACGAUUUAUAGCAAGACCAUCCACGUGAAGGAGACCAACCAAUCCUACCAUCCUGCCUUCACUGUCAACUUCAUCAAGGAUCUCAACUUUUCCCCAUUAAAAGUGUGA